AUGCCGGCGGCAACCGAGUCACCUCAAACUGCUCCGAUGGAGACGGGGGAAGGUGCUGAUGGUGGCGCGCGGGUGGUGAAACGGUUCAGGACCACUAAACGCUCUUUUGCUGAAACCACUGCGGCGGCGCCGACGUUCGAAGGAGAAGCAGAACCUUUCGUCAGCGUUGAAUCGUGGUUUGAAGAAGAUCUGAAUUGGGAUCUGGAUGGUAGCGUUGGAGAGGAACCCAUUGAUGAUGGGAUCCCGUCCGUCACCUUCACCAAAGAGGAACGCCUACAACAAGUUCUACCUUGGAAGAAUGCUCUCAUCAUCAAGUUCUUCGGGAAAGCUUUGUCUCUCCCAUUGUUCAAACAACGCGUCUCACGUAUGUGGGAAUUGCAAGGAAAAAUGGAUUUGAUCGACCUCGGCUAUGGGUUCUAUGUUGCAAGAUUCACGAUGGCUCGUGACUGCAUGCACGUCUUGAUGGACGGUCCAUGGAAACUUUUUAAUCACUACUUGGUUGCGCAACGAUGGCAACCAAACUUCAAACCGGCAACUGCCAAGAUCACGAAGAUGGCCAUCUGGAUCGGCAGACCGUUGAAACUGGAUCGGACGACUUCGGGUGUUGAAAGAGGGCAAUUCGCCAGAGCAUCGGUUGAAGUCGAUGUCACGAAACCGCUGGUAGCAAAGAUAAGGGUGAAUGGCGAAAUCCAAUAUGUUGAGUACGAGGGGCUCCAUGUGAUAUGCUUCUCUUGCGGUGAAUUCGGCCACAGAGACAUGGCCUGCCCUCUAUCUACCAACCCCACCAUGGAGGAAACUCAGAACGUGGAUAACAUGGAUCAGGUAACAUCGCCGGGGAUUAAUCCACGCAGACAAGAUGUCCAGAAGGCAGCUAGGGAGAAAGCUCCUUUUGGAUCUUGGAUGUUGGUGGAGAGAAAGAAGAAUCUUAAUCAUGCGAAUAAACAAAAACACAGGAAACAACACCAAAAUGGCCAGACCGCUAAUACCAACAGAUUCUCUACCUUGGCAGAUGCGAACGGGGAACGAGUUGUGGAACUGCGGCAGAAAGAAACCAGACAGGACAAAAACAAGGCUACACAGGCCAAAGGUAAGCAGAUUUCUACGUAUCCCACCCCUAACGUUGACUCUCGAACUUCUCUGCAGGGUCUGGAUUCUCUGCAUGAUGCACCUGUGUUCAUGGAAGGAGAAGGUCAGAAGGCGGAGACGUCCAAGGCCGGAAGGAGACAGAGGAAAAAGAAAGCCACGGAGACGGCCAAUCAACGGGUCUCCGGGAAGGUUUCUGGAAAGUCUCAGGAGCAGAAUGUGAUCAGAAACCAAGACAAAGGCACAAAAUCGCCAGUCUUCGUGUUUGGUGACCAGAGACAGAGUUCUAACAUGGAACUUGAACCCGCACCUAACAAUCAGGUGUCGCAAGCUGUUGUUAUGCCUGGGGGGAGCGCAGCUCAAUCCCCUCACCCUCCUCCUCUUGCCCAAUGA